AUGUUGCAGGCUAUCAAGUACAGCCAGGGUCACUUGGAGAUCCUGGACCAGUUGCAACUGCCUUUUCUUGAGGAGUACAUCUCCAUUCGCUCUGCAGAAGAUGGCUGGCACGCUAUCAAGGACAUGAAGGUUCGAGGAGCACCAGCCAUUGCCAUUGUAGCAAUGCUUGCGCUUGCUUCGGAGCUGCAAUCACUUGAAGUCAAUGACAAGACCCCCGAGGCAGCUGAAGAGGCGGAAGCCUACAUCGCGAAGCGGCUGAAGUAUCUCUUGACAAGCAGACCCACUGCUGUGAACUUAAGUGAUGCGGCUCGUAAGUUGGGAUCUCUCGUCGAGACUCGGGCGAAGCAACCGGGUGCCAAUGGCCGCGAUGUCGUAACGGCUUUUAUCCGGGCCGCCGAGGAGAUGAUGGUGAAAGAUUUGGAUGAUAAUCAGAGAAUUGGACACAAUGGUGCGGAGUGGAUUAUGGCCAACGCAACAAGAUCCGGCGCCUCGAGUGUCGCCGUCUUGACACACUGCAACACUGGCUCUCUUGCGACUUCUGGUUACGGUACGGCUUUAGGGGUGGUCCGAUCACUGGCGUCAAAAUCUUUUCUACGACGUGCCUAUUGCACCGAAACACGGCCCUACAAUCAAGGCUCUCGUCUGACUGCCUUUGAACUGGUUCAUGAUAAAAUUCCCGCUACGCUCAUCACGGACUCAAUGGCGGCAGCAUUGCUUGCAGAUCCAAGUGUGGGCGUGAGUGCCAUUGUGGUCGGUGCAGAUAGGGUGGCAGCCAACGGAGACACCGCCAACAAAAUUGGCACAUAUGGACUAGCAGUGCUCGCGAAGCACCACGGAAUCAAAUUUAUUGUCGCGGCUCCUCUCACGACUAUUGAUUUGGCGACAAAGUCAGGAGACGAUAUUGUCAUCGAGCAGCGCGCAGCAUCUGAGGUCACCAGCAUCAAAGGCCCUCGAGAAGGCGCCGAUACAGUGGGAGGUGCAGUAUUUGACACGGUUCGCAUCGCUGCACCGGGAAUCGAUGUGUGGAACCCGGCAUUCGAUAUCACUCCGUCGGCUCUGAUCGAUGGAAUCAUUACGGAGGUUGGAGUGGUUGAGAAGGGUCCCGAUGACCAAUUUGAUAUGGACGGGCUAUUCAAGGUUUCCGCUCCUCCGAUUUGA